ACCAACAUAUCACAAAUGUGGGGGGUAAUAUUCUUAUUACUGAGUAUUGUACCUGCAGCACAAUCAGUGUUCGAGUGCAGUUCCCACGAGACGACCGCUUUCGUUCGUAUCCCUCGCGCCAGGCUUGACGGAACCCCAGUUGUCAUCUCCACCGCAGGACACGACUUGACAUGUGCCCAAUAUUGCCGUAACAACAUCGAACCAACCACCGGAGCCCAGCGUGUGUGUGCCUCGUUCAACUUUGACGGACGUGAGACAUGCUACUUCUUCGACGAUGCUGCAACUCCAGCUGGUACCUCCCAGCUGACUGCUAACCCAUCUGCCAACAAUUUCUACUACGAGAAGACCUGCAUUCCAAAUGUUUCUGCUCAUGAGGCCUGUACCUACAGAUCUUUCUCAUUCGAACGUGCACGUAACACUCAAUUGGAAGGAUUUGUGAAGAAGUCUGUGACGGUUGAGAACCGUGAGCACUGCUUGUCGGCUUGCUUGAAGGAGAAGGAAUUUGUCUGCAAAUCUGUAAACUUCCACUAUGACACCAGUCUCUGCGAGUUGUCUGUUGAAGAUAAGAGAUCUAAGCCAACACAUGUUCGUAUGUCCGAGAAGAUUGACUAUUAUGAUAACAACUGUCUAUCCCGUCAAAACCGUUGUGGACCAUCCGGAGGAAACUUGGUCUUCGUGAAGACCACCAACUUCGAGAUCCGUUACUACGAUCACACUCAAUCAGUUGAAGCUCAAGAAUCAUACUGUCUUCAGAAGUGUCUCGACUCUUUGAAUACUUUCUGCCGUUCCGUCGAAUUUAAUCCAAAGGAGAAGAACUGCAUUGUCUCCGAUGAGGACACAUUCUCCCGUGCCGAUCAACAAGGACAAGUCGUCGGAAAGGACUACUACGAGCCAAUUUGUGUUGCCGCCGACCUGUCUUCGUCUACUUGUCGCCAACAAGCCGCUUUUGAGAGAUUCAUCGGAUCUUCCAUUGAGGGAGAAGUUGUUGCUUCGGCUCAAGGAGUUACCAUCUCUGAUUGUAUUUCACUUUGCUUCCAGAACCUUAACUGCAAAUCGAUCAACUACGAUCGCACUGCUUCUUCCUGCUUCAUCUACGCCGUCGGUCGCCAGGAUGCUAACAUCAAGGCCAACCCAUCAAUGGACUAUUACGAGUUCAACUGUGAAUCCCAAUUCGGAGGAAUGGCUCUCUGUACCAACGAGGGAAUCCGCUUCAUCGUCAACACCAAGGAGCCAUACACCGGAGCCAUCUACGCUGCUGAGAGAUUCUCGACAUGCUCCCAAGUCGUCGAGAACGCUAAGCAAAUCUCGAUCACUUUCCCACCACCAACUGUUUCUUCCGAUUGUGGAACUGUUAUUCGUGACGGAAAGAUGGAAGCUCUCGUUGUUGUUUCUUUGGAUGGAGUACUUCCACAUCAAGUCACCACUGAGUGGGAUCGUUUCUACCGUGUCUCUUGUGAUGUUUCUAUGGAUAAGAUGGUCAAGGAAGGAUCAGUUGUUGUCACCACAAUCUAUGAGGCUUCUUCUCAGAACACAACAGUCUUGGAUGUUGCUACUCCACCACCAGUCUCUGCUGAACUUCAGAUCCUUAACCAACUUGAGGAGCCACUUCACAAGGCCUCUAUCGGAGAUCCACUUCUCUUGGUUAUCACUUCCGAGCAAGCUGGACCACACAACAUGAUGGUGACAGAGUGCACUGCUACUCGUGUCGGAGGAUUCGGAGAUACUGUUCCAUUCACUCUUAUCGAGAACGGAUGCCCAAGGUACCCAGCUCUUGUCGGACCAGUCGAGCAAGACUUUGACAAGAACCGUCUGAAGUCUGAUCUUCGUGCCUUCCGAUUGGAUGGAUCCUACGAUGUGCAAAUUGUGUGCUCAAUCAUGUUCUGUGCCGGACCAAAUGGAUGCCCAGUGUCGAACUGCCUUGAUUCAGGAACCAAUGAGUUGUUCAUGUCCCAUGGAAGAAAGAAGAGAUCCGCUGAUUUAGAAGCUGGAGAGACCGAGGAGAAGCUUUCGGCUAUCAUUCGAGUAUUCGCAAAGGGAGAGGACGAGGAGGAGAUGGAGAUGGCUAACAACACAAUGAUGACCAGCAUGUCCGACUCCACCGAGCUUCUCUGCAUCGCUGAGCCAUUCUUCGUGAGCUCAGUCGUCUCGCUCUCAGUGCUCUGCUUUGCUCUUUCAGCCAUUAUUGCCAUCUGGGGAUGCCAUUCUCUUCACUCCAAACCAGUCAAGCAGGUUGCUGCUUAAAUUAUUCUCUUAGAAUCUCAAGACAUUGAUUUUUUGAUUAUUUUAUUUUUUAAUAAUAAUAAUAAUAAUAUUGAUUAUUAAAUUCAAUCUUUUCGGGUACUUUUGUAAUAAGUUAAUUCAAAAGUACCUUUAUUCUCGUGACACUACCAUCAUCAACACCAAAUAUACUAUAUACUCACACGUCAGUAUGGGUUAUUUCUUUCGAAACACACACACACAAACUUUAAAAUUUACUUUUUUUGAAAUCUUGUAAAACAUUUUUUUUUUCUCUAUACUUGUUAAUUUGAAUUGAAUUUUAUGAAUAAAUUUGUUUUUAAAAUUGAAA